UCUUUCUGUCAAGUCAAUGUCAAGUGUACCGUAGUUCUGUUUGUUCUGUGUGCAUACUUUCAGUUUGUUUUCAGUAAUAAAAUAAAAGACUCAUGAUGAAUUUAAAAACUGUGGACAUAAUUUACAAUGUUGAUCAAUGCUUAAUUCCAAAAUUAGCGAAAAAUGUUGAUGAAUGUGCUCAUCACGCUGAAUAUGAAAUUCGCAACAAGAAGUUAGACGAAAAUUUUAAUGCACUUCUUACUAGUAUUUCCGAUUACAAUUUAAGGGAUAAUUUAGUUGUAGCGCCGACAAUACUAUCUGCGCUUUAUGUGCUCUAUAAAGAUUUGUUAACUGAAGGUCCAUGGCACACGGAAAAACUUAAAGAAUAUGCGCAAAAAUUGAACUCACAAUGCGACCUUUUAUAUGAAAUAACAUUAGAAAGUUUGUUAACAAACGAUCAUAUGUUUAAUAAACAGAUUAUAUUUGACGAAAGCAUACUUAUGCUGCAUCAUAGGCUCUCUUGUAAUGAUUUCAAAAAGCAUCCAAGUCUUAUUGAUGUGUAUUGUUCAGUGGUAGAAGGAAUUCAGAAUUAUAAGAAUGUAAUAGUGAGUGUGAAGGCAUUGCCGGUCUGUUUAUAUCUCAUAGAUGACUACCUUAUUGAUAAUAAAAAGAAAGGCCUUAACUGUUGCAGGAUUAUUUUGGAAAACUUGCCAACAGAUACAUUCGCGCAAGGAAACUACUAUGAAGUGAUCUACGCUUGUGUGAAGAAAGUCUCGGUGGAGAGGGACUUAGAAAUCACCAGGUUGGUGGUGGACUGUCUCAUACAACUGCUCAUAUCACUGCCGAAUGAUAUUCAAUUUAAGUACGCAGCCGCUGAUGAGCUCUACGGGAAAACCCUCGAACAGAUACUAACAGAAUCCAACCUAUACAGAAAAGCAGUGUUAUUCAAUUAUACUAGACAGUUGAUUAUGAUAAAUGGAGUGAACUGUGUUGGCAGGAAAGCAUUCCAUGCAGUCAUAAAUGAGAAUUUGGACAUCAGCUGUAAUGAUGGAGUCAAGGAAAUCCUGCUACAACCCGUAGUAGAGUGCCUGGAAGAGUGGAUACUGCACUGUUGGUGUGCAUGGAGGCUGAACACAGGUAGACAAGUCUUGUCUAUACUGUUCAAAAUUCUCUACAUUUGCAGCAAAGAAGAUCUAUCAGAGAGAAUCGUCAAAAUAAUUGCAACCCUCAUACUCCUCUGUGAAGAAGCAGACAGGGAGAAAAUAAUGAAUAAUCUACAAAAAUCACAGAUAAAUAAUAAAAUAUUACAAGACAAAGUGAACAUGGUAAAUAAAUAUGUCAGUUUAAAUAAAAUAUAGUUUAUUAAUUUAAAAUAUCACAAAAUAAAUGUUCUUUGAAGUAAA